CAAACACGUUACUUGUACGUAGAAAAUCGACGAUAUACGAUAAAGAUGUCAUAUCAACAUGCGACUCAUCGCGUCUAGCUUGUAGUCCGAUACAUUGCUAGGCUUGUUAGGAGACGGCUUACCCAGAGAGACGCAAGUCGUUGCUGGCUUACCUAGAGAGAAGCAUGCAAGCCAUUCUUGCUGGUUACAAUCAAUGAACUAAUAGAAACACCAAUCACUCGACUUGAUACUUGAUGGGCUAGCUUUCCCCCAGAGCUCAACCCGCUAGCACGAACACUUCUUCUACUGUGCUUGCAGAAGAUUCUCCCCAAUGUAGGUCAUAGGGCAUGAAGAGAUGACGUCCGACGUGUACUGUAUAAGUUAGUAGUAUUUGUUGUACAUUCUACAUCAACAAGUGGCACUUACAGAGCGAUGGUUGGAGGAUGAAGUAGAGCUAGAGAUAGGAAGACGCGUGAAGUGGCACCUCGACGAGGAGCGCCAGACGAGAAGCGCUGUGUCAACCUUGAAAUUGCAUCAGCAGACUUCUCUCACAUCAUUUUUCAGAUCAACGUACAGGAAAUCCUCACAGAAUAAAGCGAAUUGUGUCCUCUAAGGGUGCGGACCUGAUCAAUAUCUCCUCUAAGAAUGAAGCGAAGGAUGGCCUGCUCAGAUCCUCACAGAAAACAAUAAUAGCCCAUGAUGAUGACCUCUAACUAAUGAAACCCCGAAAACCACCACUGAAAGGAAAAAUCACCAUCGAAACUACAAACCACCAUGAU